UCUGAACGAAGUCUUCUGAUUCUUGAGUUGAUCUUAAGUUUCGUUCACGAUCUAGCACUGAGGAAUAUUCGAACAGAAUCACUAUUAUGCUCUCUGAUAUGAAAAUUGAUUAAAAUUCUCGUCCUCUAAAGCAAACUUAAAAAUCUACCAAACUACCCUGAAAAUUUCACCUUAAGAAAGCAAACACCAAGUGUCUUCCUCGGCGAAGGAUUAAUCCUACUUCGUCGCCGAAUUAAUCACACUCAGUGGCCAAUCUGAAUCGAUUAUGCGUUGUUGAUGAAUCCUCCGAACCCUAAAUCUCACCUUUAAAAAGCAAACGCACAGUUUGAAUUAAUCACACUCAGUCAGCGAUCAACUUGGAUUAAUCAACAAAGAACCCGGGUAUCUACCUUCCGCAACCAAAAAUGUGACUUUACAAAGGAUUUCAUUCAGCAAUUUAUCCAGCCCUUGCCCCUCAAAUUGGACGAAGAUGAUUUGUGCGAAUUCGUGAAAAUAGUGUGUUUCCAAGUGAUCUAGCCUCAGAUACCUCGCGAGCUUCCACUUCGCGGAGCAGACAAGAGGGUCAGAGUUCAUCGAACCCUACUCGAGCACACCGUCUGUUCCACCAUGGCGCUUCUCCACGAGGAAUUUCGAGCAUGUGGCCAGUGAGGGAGGGCUAGAGUGAGUCUAGCAGGGUGAGAAGAUUUGUCGGGAACACGUGUCGCGAUGGAGAGACUCAGUGUCGCGGAAGCGUUGCGCAGGAAAGAUAGGAGAAGACGCAGAGGUUGGACGGUGGUGGUCGGGCAUGAAGUGCGUUUCGACGUGGAAAAUGGCGCCUCGACUCUGGAUGGUGGCGCCGGGGGCGGUGGAGGCGCCUCGCCGAGUGCAGGCUUGGUUCUCCAAACUCUGCCGCAGCGACGAGAGAGCUUCCUGUAUCGCAGCGACAGCGACUUCGAGAUGUCACCGAAGUCGAUGUCUCGAAACAGUUCGAUCGCCAGCGAGAGGUUCAAAGAGACAGAGCUUCCUGUCGAGCGAGCGAUAUUUACCGAUCAGUAUAGCCAUGGCGAGGACCUCAUCGUCACGCCGUUCGCGCAGAUCCUUGCAUCUUUGCGCUCGGUCAGGAACAACUUCCUGUCGCUUACGAAUGUGCCGACGAACAAAUCACGAAGGAGUAGCGGCGCACAGGGCAGCAGCACGCCGCAACCGCGGAUCCUGGCACCGGGAGAGGAGAACUACAUGAAACUGGCCGUGGAGACGAUGGAGGAGCUGGACUGGUGCCUGGACCAGCUGGAAACCAUUCAGACGCAUCGAUCCGUGUCCGACAUGGCCUCUCUCAAGUUCAAGCGAAUGCUGAACAAGGAGCUGUCCCAUUUCUCGGAAUCCUCGAAAUCCGGCAAUCAGAUAUCAGAGUACAUCUGCAACACUUUCCUCGACAAGCAACAGGAAUUGGACUUACCCUGUCUGCGAAUCGAGGAUGCAGUUGCAGCUGCCGGAAGCACGGAUGCAAGGGCGGCGAAGAAGAAGGACCGGGUACAAAGAGGCCCGGCCGCAAUGUCCCACAUCAGCGGCGUGAAACGACCCCUCACGCACACAAACAGCUUCACUGGGGAGCGUGUGCCGGUUCAUGGUGUGGAAACGCCUCAUGAGGAAGAGCUCGGCAAGCUUCUGUCAGACAUCGACAAGUGGGGCAUCGACAUCUUCAGGAUAGGCGAGCUGAGCAACAACAGGCCGCUGACCUGCGUCGCCUACACAGCCUUCCAGACCCGUGAUCUGCUCAAAUCGCUGGCAAUACCGCCCAAGACCUUCGUCACCUUCAUGAUGACCCUCGAGGAUCACUACGUCAAGGACAAUCCCUUCCACAAUAGCCUGCACGCGGCCGACGUGACCCAGUCCACCCACACUCUGCUCAACACGCCCGCACUCGAGUCCGUGUUCACGCCAUUGGAAAUCACCGCGGCUCUAUUCGCUGCUACAAUUCACGACGUUGACCAUCCUGGACUCACCAACCAGUUCCUCAUCAACUCGAGCUCCGAGCUCGCCCUCAUGUACAAUGACGAGUCAGUUCUGGAGAACCACCACCUGGCUGUGGCGUUCAAGUUACUCCAGAACGAGGGUUGCGACAUUUUCGUCAACAUGACGAAGAAGCAACGCCAGACGCUUCGUAAAAUGGUCAUCGACAUGGUCCUGUCCACGGACAUGUCGAAGCACAUGACCCUAUUGGCUGAUUUGAAGACCAUGGUGGAGACGAAGAAAGUUGCCGGCUCUGGUGUGCUUCUGUUGGACAACUACACCGAUCGAAUUCAAGUCCUGGAGAACCUUGUGCACUGUGCCGACCUGUCCAAUCCCACGAAACCUUUGCCACUGUACCGAAGAUGGGUCAGUUUGUUGAUGGAAGAGUUCUUCCUUCAGGGUGACCGUGAACGCGAGCAAAAUAUGGAUAUCAGCCCUAUGUGCGAUAGACACAGUGCUACUAUCGAGAAGUCGCAGGUCGGCUUCAUCGAUUACAUCGUUCAUCCUCUGUGGGAGACCUGGGCGGAUCUUGUGCAUCCAGAUGCACAGGAGAUCCUCGAUACCCUCGAGGAGAAUCGAGACUGGUACCAGUCGAUGAUCCCUCCGUCUCCACCGUCCGACGACCAGCAGCAACAGCAAGGGAAUGAGCAACAGUCUGAAAGGAUACACUUCCAGGUGACACUGGAGGAAGGCGAUGAGUCAGGCGAGGGCGCCGAGACCGGGGACACGGUCGGAGCAUCAGAGGCGAGCCUACCGAGCGACGAAGGGGGCGGUGAGGCGGAGGAGAACGCCGCGGAGGCUGGGAUGUGACGGAGGCUCGCGGGUAUUUGCAGGAAGCUCCACGAGAAGGUGCAGCAGACCUGGUGGCGUGUACGUCAGUGACAGCUAGCCCGUUGUCGCUGGCCAGGUCUCUUUGUGUCGACCUACUGACCUUUUGGCCAAGCUCCACUCCCCCCCAGGAUUGUGGAAGAAGCCUCGUCUCAGCACGAGAGACGGUAAACGAAAGUGUUAAACAGGAAGAGAGGAGGAAAACGCUUGAAUACAGCGAACUUGUUAAUGGAACGUCUAGUCGCCGCUAGUUCACAAUCUGAAUUAGACCAAAAGGGUCUUUUUCAACCAAGCGGAAAAAGAAGAGGAAGAAGAAGAUGUAGAAGAAAAAGAAGAAGAAGAAGAAGAAAUAGAAGAUGAAGAAUAUGGACAGUCCAAUUGACGCGAUCGUACGCUCCCGAAAUGCUGACGCGGGUCUCAGCAACGAGCGGCGAUCUCGUAUCGUUGCGUCUCGGCUGGCUCGAGGCGUGACGACCAGCGUCCAACGAUGGGCCAGCUCUCGACGAAGAGAUAGAGAAAGAGCAUCGUCGUCGUUAUCAUUGUCACUUACUAUCCCUUCUACAAAAUGCCACGUCGUCGUUCGAUCGUCUUUGGCUCGAAUGGAGGGCACGAAUCUCUUCACCAAGUACCUGUACAAAACAUGCAACAAUUCACGUGGACUGAUAGAGCAACAUCCUCGCAGGGCUCAGUUGUUAGAAAUUUUGGAUGAAAGUGACGGGGAGAGGAUCCUUUUCUUGACAUAUCAAUUAACAAAAAGAAAGAAAGAAAGAGAAACAGUGGUCUCAGGCGCUGUAUUAUUCCAACGAUUCGAAGGAUCUAUUUUGCGCGCAGACAUUGACCCUCAAUCUUGAA